AUGACCAAGGAAGGUGGUGGGUUGUUGCGGUUGAUCGUUUCAAUUGUUGGUGACAUGUUGACUUUGCCAACCAUCAUGGACAAGACUAGUCAGCACUCAGAAGUUGGUCAAGAUUUGUCACCAGUUGACUUGAGUAAUGUCAAGAUGUUUGCACAACGGGUGAUGGGCCUUGCUGAAUACAGAGAGAACUAUCUUGUUGCUAAAAUGAGUGACGUAACACCAAAUUUGGCUGCUUUAAUUGAUGAAGUUGACAAGUUGUUGGUGCUCGUUUGA